AUGGCGGCCGCGGCCCCCGUGGUCGGGCCCACCGAGCUGGACGAGCUGCAAGGGCUCGGCGUGCGCUGCGUGGAGACCGCCGCGGUGGAGCGGCUGGUGGUGCAGCGCUGCGGCGUGGCGGACGAGCUGGCCAGGCACCGCGAGGAGCUGCGGCUGGCGCGGCGGGAGGUGCUGCGCCUGCAGGGCGUGUCGGCGGCCGCCCUCCGCACCGCGUCCCGCCCGGCCCCGCGAGCAGCGCAGGGCGCCGCGGCGAGCGAGGCGCGCGGCGCCCAGGAGGCGCUGCGCGGGGCGCAGGCGCGGGCGCUGCAGCUCGAGGCCUCCGUGCGGGGCUUGGAGGCGCUUCUGGCGCAGGAGGCCGCGCUCCCCCUGGACGCGGCGGGCCAGCCCGCCGCGGACGCCGAGGGCGCAGCCCUGGCGCCGCCCCACAGCGGCGCAGCAGGCUGCGGGUCGUGA